CCUGAUGCGUGCCGCGGAACAGGCAUAGAGUAUUAACUUUAUGUUCGCAGGCUGGGGCUCUGUGCUAGGAAACAUGAGAAGGGUGACAUAUUCAGCUUCUGGGGCUGAGAAUCGGAGGCCACUGAAUAAAGCAGAGAGGCGACUGCGGUUCGUGUGGUUUUAGCUCAGGAACUUAGAACGGGAACAUGUGAGCAGGGAAUGGACAACUGGAAGCAGGAUUACAAACUACACCGAGAAGCAGGCGGGCUGCCGUACAGGAGACUCACCGGGACACGGGUGCAGCAGCAGCUUCAAUAAGAAGUCAAGUGCAACACUUUCGAGAAGACAGACAGACUUUUACGCAGCAGAUCAUACGGAGGAAUACCGAACCAAAGAUGAAUACUAUUGUGUUUAACAAAUUGAGUAACCAGGUCCUCUUCGAUGAGAAGGCGAAGGAGGCCGAGAGGAGCAGUAGAAAUUAUUUAGAGGUAAUAGAUGGACAGCAUCCGGACCUUCAUCCAGACCUGCUAUCAAGCAAUCAUCAAGUUAUCAAAGACAACAACGGCAUCAGACACAGGAGGCCUACAGUCUGCAACCUUGACAACUACGUUAUGAAAACAAAAUCUGAAAAGGGCCGUCAGAACGGUGGGAAGGUGCGACACAAGCGCCAGGCUCUACAGGACAUGGCUAGGCCUCUGAAGCAGUGGCUCUACAAACACAGGGACAACCCAUACCCCACUAAGACAGAGAAAAUCCUGCUAGCCCUCAGCUCUCAAAUGACCUUGGUCCAGGUGUCUAACUGGUUUGCCAACGCAAGGCGGCGGUUGAAGAACACAGUGAGACAGCCAGAUCUGAGCUGGGCGCUGCGCAUCAAACUCUACAACAAAUACGUCCAGGGCAACGCAGAGAGACUGAGUGUCAGCAGCGAUGACACCUGCUCAGAAGACGGGGACAACCCUCAGCGGAUGCAGACGAGCGGCGGCGAGUUCAGCAAGCCCAUGUACCAGAGCGUCAUCAAGAAAGAGGGUGCCACCAUGAUGGGGACGGGGCUCCGAGCCGCUGACGCCGCCUCAUUGGCCGAGGACUACGUGACUCCGCCUCCUAAGUACAAGAGCAGCUUGCUUCACCGGUACCUUAACGACUCGCUGAGACACGUGAUGGUGGCCAACGGCGUCAUGGACGCCAGGAAGAGGAACCACUCGGGAUCCUUCAGCUCCAACGAGUAUGACGACGAUCUCCUCUCCCCGUCGUCCUCAGAAACCGAGGCAAACUUUGUUUAUCGAGCUGAAACCAUGGACCUUGGAUCAAGUAAAUGUGACAAUGGGGGUGUUCAGAAGGAGAAGGUGCGGGGCAAAGACGAGACGUACUGGAAGGAGAUCAACGCAGCCAUGGCCUUGACUAACCUGGCGCAGGGAAAGGACAGCGGCGGAUCAGGGACGACCAGCUGCAUCAUCCAGAAGUCCUCUCAUAUAUCAGAAGUAAAGACUGUCAAAGUGCCUCUGGUGCAGAAGUACUAGCGCCUAUCACGGAGUCGUGUGUCUCCAACUCAUCUUCCCUUCUGCUCUCUAUGCAACACCAACCUUCCCUCUGAAAAUUCACUCGGAAGAGACAGUCAAAAACAAGAAACAAGUACUCUCUUUUUUCUGUCUGUAAAAAUGCAGCAGAACUGAAGACAUCCUAUUUCGUGUGUGGGUUGUGUUUUGACCUGCAUCACAUGCAUUAGACAGGUGUUGACAUGAUCAUCGUUAGCUGCAUUGUUCAGUUCUGAACGAGACACUUUUGUUAUGUUAACUUAUUUGAUGUAUCUGAAUUUUUUUUUUUUUUUUAUACUCCGAAAUUUGUAUUGUACUUUUGCCAAAGUGCCUUUUUUGAAGCAAAGCAUCACACCCGUUGUGGUUAAUAAUGUACAGAGUGCCUCUGGGAACAUAAAGGACUAUCUGAAGAGGCAAAAUAAUAUGGUCUUAUAAGCUUCUUCUGAAGGACUCCCUCCCUCCAUGAUAUGUGCCUUACAACGUGAAUGAAUUUAGCUGACCUUAAAUAAUAUCUGUACUGUUCUAAUUUAUCAAGACACACACAAACACACACACACACACACAAAACAGUGUGUGACUAAAUUAAAUGACACUAAACAGACAAUAACUGUGAAUAUAUAGAAAAAGUUCACUCCAGCCAAACACACUAACACCUAGCACUUGAGGGUUAGAAUGGAUAGGAUACCAGCAGAUCUAUUGUGCUGUCGUUAGUCACAACCACCAUCAUGUUUUCCACAGCUCGGCCUUGGGAGUUUUAUUUCUGAGAGGGGAUGGAUCCUUAUCAAGGUUUUUAAACUGGAAAGCGCAAGCAAAUGUUGACCUAGCACCAGCACACAGGCAUGCUCACGUGCACACACACGCAGGCUGACACACAUGCAGGCAGACAA